CACGUCACUAAACUCCCAGUCAAAUGAUACAUAUUGAAUACAAACGGCAAAAGAAGCUUCCAUUUAUUGUGGUGAUGGUGGAAAGCAUUAAAAGUCUGAAUGAUCCACCAACCUCAAUCUAUUUUGUAUCAGGCACACCGAAACCUUCACAAAAGUCAAGAUUGCAUGCCCACAAAGCGCCCCCGCACCAUCCGAUACCAUCCUUAAAAGCCAAUGGAGCAAAUCUGAAUCGGAGGCUGCAAGAGCAUAGCUUGAAAGUCCCGAACAUGGCGGAGCAGCACAGAGUCCACCCGGUGGACGUCGAGUCUCCACCGCCGUCGGCACCGGAGGCUCCCCCGAGCUUGCUACAACCGGAGAAGGCCGGCGCCACCGCACCGGCCGCCCAUUCGAGGCCUCCAAGAAAGAGGAGGAGCCGCUGCUGCACGUGUUUGUGCUGGUCUCUCCUCGCCAUCGUCAUCCUCAUCGUCGUCAUCGCCGUCGCCGCCGGCGUCCUCUACCUCGUCUUCCGCCCCAAGAUCCCGAAGUACUCCGUGGACCGCCUCGCCGUCUCGAGCUUCGCGGUCGACGACAACGCGACCGUCGCCGUCACGUUCAACGUGACGGUGACGGCGAGGAACCCCAACAGGAGGAUCGGCAUCUACUACCAGGGCGGGAGCGACCUGAGCGCGUGGUACACCGACGAGCGGCUCUGCACCGGGAGCUUCCCAGCGUUCUACCAGGGCCACAGAAACACGACGGUGCUGCACGUGUUGCUCGCCGGAGAAGCAAAGAUCGGGAACGAGUUGCUAACGGAGCUGCAGCAGCAGCAGCAGACCGGGACGAUACCGUUGGCCGUCCGGGGAGUCGUGCCGGUGAGAGUGAAGCUUGGGAAGCUGAAGCUGUGGAAGGUGAGGUUCAAAGUGAGGUGCAGUCUGGUGGUGAACAGCCUCAGUGCCAACGGCGAUGUCAGCAUCCGAUCCAGCAGCUGCAAGUUCAAGCUGAAGCUCUGAUUCUUAUUUCUUUUUCGGUUGGAGCUCCGAGGAUUCCUCGACGGUUUGGGCUUCUGAUUCUUUCUCUCUCUUGCUUCCCUUCUGUCCUCAUCAUAUGAAAUAAGAGAUGUGGCUGUGGUAGCUUCAUUGCA